AUGGAGACACAGUCAGUCUCCCAGACAAUACACAGUAUCACAAUCCCAUGUUUAACAACCCGAAUCUUUAGUGAAAGUCAAAUCCCUAAGAAGAGAAACUGGUCACGUGACUUCCUCCACAGGUGUGGGAACACAGAUCAUUGGGCAAAGCUCAAAGUUCGGGCAAACUCAAUCAAAUCAGCGGAUGUGACCAAACGCUCUUCAUUGUCGGAGUUUGGGCCAGAGAAGAACCCAAACAAGAAUGUUCUCGAACCAAACAGACACGCCAGUGCCCCAAGUACAGCACAACACCCAUUACUCAACUAUAGGCGCUCUUUGGACCAACAGAUCAAUGCAUUCACAGAUGACCAUUUGUUCGUUGUUGUUCCUAAAUCUGGCAUACAGAAACACUGGCUCAACAACUGCUACCAGCAACGUGCACGAGAAGGCUUUAGGUACUGGCUUAUCAACAGACCUCUGCCGACAUCAUAUGGGAAAUAUGGGUUUGGUUCUUACAAAAUGUUUCUAGGGCUUGGGAUGGCACCGAGGACAUGA